GUGAUUUUUGUAGAUAUUGGAUAUUUAAACAGCAGAAAAUCGCUUGAGCCGGUACUGAUGGGUAUAAUCAGGAGUUGCUUCUCAUUCAUAGCAGGGACAGUCUGUGGCAUUUAUGUGGCUCAAAAUUAUCAAGUUCCUAACAUUACCAAGCUAAUUGACACUACCUUGCACAAGGCAAAGCAAGUUGAGGAAACAUAUCGCAAGCCUAAGAAGAAGGGUUUUGAUGAUGAUAACUACGAUUAGUUCCCCUAUAUGGCGCUACUCCAGAAUCAGGUUCAUAUUGCUGUGAUGAUAAUCUCUUCUUUGUUUUGUUUUCCUCAAUGAUAUUUAGGGUCAAAUAAAUUUGUUAACAAAAGUAUAUGGUAUAUCGAAAUGAAUGGAAGGGUGUUAGAGGAUAUUUCUUAGCAUUUAUAAGAGCUUUUUUCACUCUUUUAAUGGGAAGUGUUAUCUUUCCUUUG